UCUUAAUUCUGAUCUGGCAACGCCAAGCUUGUACACUUUCAAAAGUGCGAAAAAACAUAUGUUCGCUGCAUUCUUGUUGAGUUGCAUUUUAAAUAGUCAAAUAAACUUGCAAAAUUGAUAGCUUGUUAAUCAAAUUAACCCAAAAUGGCUAGCACUUCUCGCGCAGCUAGGAGCCAGAAUGCCACCCUCUCGCAGGCAUCUCAACAACCCGUUCAUGUGGUCGACGCCAAGGUUCGCGCCAUUCUAAACUACAUCCUUGAUCAUACCGCCCAGAAGAUUCCCAUAAAGGACAAGGAUUUGUUGGCGGUGGCUGGGGACAAGAGCGAACUGAGGAGCCGCCUGCCGCUGGUCACUAAUCUGCUGGCCGAAAGAUUCGGUAUAGUGCUAACCCCACUGGACGCGACCUCCAAGACGUUAAUCUGCACUGCGGAGGAGCCGGUGGCCUCCAUUCACGAGCUGACGCCGGCUCAACGCCCGCAGUUCACGCUGCUGUAUAUCAUUCUCAUGUACAUCUUCCUGCGCGGCAACCGCAUCGAGGACUCGAAACUGUACGCUAUGCUGGAGAUGCUCAACAUCUUUCCCGACGAGGAACAUGGCUACUUCGGCGCCAAUCUGCGCAAACAGAUCGAGGAGACAUUUGUGAGACAACAGUAUCUGAAGCGGGAACGCUCACAGCUCAGUGCUUACGACGAUCCCAAGACUUUCUUCCUUUGGGGACCACGUGCCAAGGCGGAGUUCACUUUCGAGCAAAUGGUGCAAUUCGCCUCCAAGCUGCUCAAUCAGCAUCCCAAGGCCUUCGAGCAUCACCUCUCCAUGGCCCAAGAAGGGCUAAACGCGGAGCAGUAGAUUGUCCGCCUUCUAAGUUAAUUUACUGAAUUUAAUCUAACAAAUUUAAAACCAAAUAAUAUAUGUAUCAGCAAAAAAAGAUCGUUUAAAAACA